AUGAAAACCUAUUCGAGGAUCAUUGACAACCCAAUUGGACGUCGUUAUAAUAUGUUGGAUAAGAUUAAGCAAAAGUUUGAAAAAGUGAAGGAUAAGGUUGAUCCUACGACUUCGAGUUCUGGUUCAGGCCAUAAGGGGACAGACUGGUCUAGCUCUGGUGGAAUUGGUAAGAAGGAAGUUUAUAGGAAUCGUUACAAUUAUGGGGUGAAUUUAGGUGGCCUCUUUGUUUUAGAAAAUUGGAUUUACGAUGGUGGCCUUGAUAAAGGUGGUGAUAGCGAAUUUGACGCUGUAAGUGCACAGGCUAAAGAAUCAUCUGUUGAUGAAGCUGCCAAAAAAUUACAGGACCAUUAUAAGGACUAUAUUGGUAAGAUUGAUUGGAACUGGUUGAAGAAUGAAGCCGGCGUUACAGCUUUUAGGGUUCCAGUGGGCUACUGGCAUGUUGGCAACGGUCAAUUUGUGGAUGAUUUGCCAUUUGGGCCAUUGAAGGAAGUUUACUCGAAGGCGCAACCUUGGGAUUUUUUGAAGCAACUUAUCAAAAAGGCUGGUGAGUACGAUAUAGGUAUUCUUGUGGACAUCCAUGGAUUACCAGGUGGAGCUAACACUGAUUCGCAUAGUGGUUCAACCGGUGGUUCGGCAGCUUUCUUCAAUACGAGCAAAUACGUCGACAAGAUGGUUAAGGAAGUGAUUCCCUUUAUAGUUAAGGACGCUUGUACCGAGGCUGAGAAUGUCAUCGGGUUGCAGAUUGUAAAUGAAGCUGCGUUCGAUAACAACGCCAAAGGUCAGAAGAACUAUUAUUCUCAAGCCAUUUCUGCCAUCCGUGACAUUGACUCAGGACUUCCAGUGGUUAUAUCUGAUGGUUGGUGGCCACAACAAUGGGCUGACUGGUUGAAGGAUGAAGGUUUAGAUGCGAACGUGGUUAUAGAUUCGCAUGUCUAUAGAUGUUUCUCCGAUGAGGAUAAAUCCAAAGACGCAGGUAAAAUUAUUGAUGAUUUGUCCAAGAGCGUCAAUUUUCCUAAGGACCAGGCUGAUUUCACCUGUGGUGAGUUUUCAUGUGUAUUGGACGGUCAAACGUGGGAAAAGACAAGUGGUGCCCGCGAUGAGCUAAUCAAGCAGUACGGAUGUAGAGAGAUCGAUGUCUUCUCCAAGACUGCCAGUUGGGGUUGGUUCUUCUGGACUUUGCAAUUCAAACAUGGCGAUGGUGGAGAAUGGGGGUUGUCCCCAUGGUCAACAAAGGUGCCAUUUCAUGUUGCAAGGAGAACAAGUGGUGCCAAGGCAGAUGAGAACAGGGUCCAGGAUCUUGUGAAUGAUCAUGUAAACUAUUGGAGUGAUAAAGGAGGUGACAAGAUGGAGCAUUGGCGAUUCGAAGAUGCUCUUCGCGCUGUUAUCAACGAUGUCAAAGCAUUUGCUCAGUUUGAUAACUCGCGUUUGGGUAGAUGGCGCGCCUGGGGUUUGCAACGCAGAUCCCAAUACAUCAAUGAGAAGGGUGACGGUGAAUUUAUGUGGGAAUGGGACCAAGGUUGGCAACGAGGUAUUGAAGAGUUUGUUCUUCGUUAA